AUGUCAAACAUCUGUCUGAAGUGCAACCGCGCCGUGUAUGCGGCCGAGGAGAUGCUGGCCGGCGGUCUCAAGUGGCACAAGAUCUGUUUCAAGUGCAACCUGUGCAACAAGCGCCUGGACUCGGUCAACGUGAACGCCCAUGAUCAGGCCCUGUACUGCAAACAGUGCUACGCCCGCAAGUUUGGCCCCAAGGGAUACGGUUUUGGCGGC